AUCUCCCCUUCCAUGUGUUAUCUCCCUUUAUCAAGGACACUUCCGGAGAUGUUUUCAGUUCAAAAUGGCGUCGAUAGCAGAGAAACAAGGCGGGAAAACUCAAGACGUGAAUCUGAAUUUUGAUAAACUGAAUGUGCGUGAACUUAAGACCUACUUACGGAAUCACGGAGAACACGUUUCAGGGAAUAAGUCUGACUUAAUUUUGCGUGCCAAAGGUGUACGUGAUCUUGGCAAACGAUCGAUUGAAGAUGUCAAUACAUACGACGUGGUCAGCGUGAGACAAAGACGAUUUGAGAAGUUUCUGUCACCUCUCGGGGAACUUUUACCAGACCCACUACGCUUGAAAAAUGGCUGGGAUAGCAGUGUUGAGCUUAUGCCAUCAUUUAGUUCAAGUGAUCUGUAUAAUUAUUUGGUUUUGAGCAAGCAGCGGACACUAGACACUGACCCAAACAACGCUAAACGCCAGUUGAAAGCUAAAGUGUACUAUGAAGAUAGACACGUUCAUUCAGUCCGAUAUCACCACAUAUCCGCGGACUGUUCUCAUUGUUAUGUCAAUGCCAAAGUGAUUCCUUCCAUACCAACUCAGAAUAUGAAACAGAAACCAGAUUAUGAUGUGUGGGUGUCCUUGUCAAAGGUUACAGGCCGGGUACAUGCUGCUGGUUGCAACUGCACUGCCGGUGAAGGAGAAUCUUGCAACCAUGUCGCUGCUGUCCUGUAUGCUUUGGUUGACAUCUCAGAAAAGAAACUUGAGGGCUUACAUGCAUCUACUUCACAGGAAUGCAAAUGGAACCAGCCACGAAAACGUAAAUUGAGUCCUGUUAAAUCACAAGAUAUGACAUUCACAAAACACAAGUGGAUAGAACAUAAAAAGACAACAACUAUAAGGCAAGAUGCUACUAAUGCUCCUGAUAAAUCGAUGGUUAAACCCAUAAAUGUGGACAGAUUUGCUCCAAAACUCUGUGAACAUUUUCCACAUGCAGGGUGGUUACUGACUCAAGAGUCUGUUGUCAAUAUGACUGAGGAAUCCCAUGUAUCAGUACCUCCCCUCCAUUCAGUUGAUUUCAACUAUGCAGACACCUGUGAUUUGAAAAAUGAAGAUUGUAUCAGGUAUUUUUCAGAGUAUUUCAGUGCCUUGUCCAUCUCAAAAGAAGACUGUGUAACAAUUGAGAAGAACACACGUGGACAAGCCAACAAUAACAUGUGGAGCUCAGCAAGGGAAGGGCGAUUAACCUCUUCCAAUUUUGGCCUUGUCUGUAAACUGAAAACAUCUACAUGCCUUGAUAAUGCUGUAAAGACCAUUUUUGCAUAUUCACCAUUUGAUAAUGAUGCUCUGAGAUGGGGACGUACUCAUGAGUCGGCUGCAAGGAGAAAAUAUGCAAAUCUGAUGAAGAAACAUGAUGUGAAUGCAAAGGUUGUUACAUGUGGUUUCAUGGUGCAUCAGGACUUUCCUCAUCUUGGAUCCAGUCCUGAUGGUGUUGUUCACAUUGGAAAUGAAACUGGACUUCUUGAAAUUAAGUGUCCUUACAAGUGGCGGCUUUCCACAGUACACCAGGCAGCGGAAGAUCCUCAAUUCUGUUCUUCGCUCAAGGAAGGAGAAAUUAAAUUGAAAGUUGGCCACACAUACUAUUACCAAAUACAAGGACAAAUGGCUCUAUCCCAAAUGAACUGGUGUGAUUUUUUCAUAUGGACUCUGAAGGAUUGUCAUGUGGAAAGAAUACACUUUGAUUCAAGAUUCUGGGAGGGCUGCCUCUCUCUACUCAAUGACUUUUAUAUUAAAGCCAUUCUGCCAGAGCUUUUCACAACUCGUGUGAAACGAGGAAAGCGUUUGCAUCCUGUGUAA